UAUCAACAGGAUACUGCGGGUCAAGAAAGAUUCCGUACCUUGACACCUAGUUACUAUCGUGAUGGCCAAGGUGCUAUCUUAAUGUAUGACGUCACCGAUCGCAAUACGUUUGUAAAAUUAGAAACGUGGUUAGACGAACUAAAUACUUACUGUAAUAAAUCAGAGAUAGUUAAAAUGGUUGUUGGAAACAAGAUAGACCUGCCAGAUCGGCAAGUUACUACGGAAGAAGGUCUAAAUUUCGCACGAAGACAUCAGACACUUUACAUCGAAAGCAGCGCUAAAACUGCUGACGGUGUCAAAUGUUGUUUUGAGGAAUUGGUUCAAAAGAUUUUACAAACACCUGGUCUCUGGGAGCACAAUAAUUCAUCCAGGAUUCAAAAUAUUGCUGGUGGUGGUCCUCGUCAACGACUAGGAAAGCGUGGAAUGCUAUUGACUGAUGAUCCUCAGCCCCAAGACGCUUAUAAUAAUUGUUAUUGCUAGUUUUGUUCGAGCGUACAACAUUUAUACACAAUUUGAGUGAAUAUUUUAUUAAUAUUUAUUAUUUGUAAAUAAAAAAAAAAAAAAAGAAAAUAAAAAGUUUCACACCUUUUGCAUUA